AUAUUACUUUUGUGCGCGUGGAGUGUGGAAUAUAUUUUAUACAAUAAAUGUAUAACUGGUGUGCUGGCAUAUUGCGAACAGGCCUAUUUAUUAUAUUUUGGCAGGAUGUACCAUAGAGAUGAUGAAAUUAGGAAACAUAUAGUGGUGCUGUGAUCAUGCUGGAGUUAAUGAUUUACUCUCUGGAGUGGUUAUUAUUAUAACCAGAAGGCCGGUAUACUGGUUGGAUUGAGAUGUUUGGAAAAUAUAUAGCCAGUACAAGACUAGUUAUGAUAAUUGUGGACAUGUGAGACCAUUGUGUUUGUGGAACUGUUCAGAAAUUUUGUUUGUGUUUACCAGGAAGCGAUGCACCAUGUGCAGGACAGAAAACAUGAAAAUAUCUAUGGCUAUUAAAAUGUUUGCAGCUUGUAAUGUUUAGAAUAGAUCUGCCAGAAGUUGAAUAAAAAAAAUAUUUUCCUUGGAAUUUCUAAGAAAAACAAAAACGGGUAUUGAAAGGCAUUGAAAAGUGAAAGAUGAGUUACGAUAUACCAUGACUUCACUGAAAGAUGAGUUGAUCUAUAUAUACCUGGUAUCUGAUCAAUCGUUAUGCUUUGAUUAAAAUCAAAAGUUAUUCUUAACAGGGCAGGAUUAUUUCCAUAGAAACAGAAAACUAAGAAAAAGAGAGUGUGUAGUGAAAAACAGGAAAUGCGAGUGCACACCUGCUGAGUUAAAUGAGAGUAAAGACCCUGCUAUUGUGAUUGUUUUAUUUGGUAUCUAUGAGAUAAAAAAAGAAUAUAGUUGGUCUAUUAUUCCCAUACCAAACAGAUAAUGAGAUAGUUAUCAGAAACACAAGAAAAAGCCUGUUUAUAAGUCCUUGAUUUAUACCAGUGGAUGGAGCCAUGAAAGACCUUGAUGGAAUUUUUAUUUCUCUACAAGAAUAAGGAAGAUUUCCUGGUUGCUUGCAGCAUAAAGCUUCUUUUGAUUCUAUCUCUGUUCUUUAGUUGGUUUGGUGCGAUUUCAGCAGUUCAAUAUGGAAUAGCCAGAGGAGGAACUGGGUUUUUUAUGUGAUUUUCGAAUUUUCCGAAGAAUUCUGAUCAAAAUCUGGAUGUUGUGCAUGGGUUUGGAAUGUAGUUCAGAAAUGUAGGUAGAUCGGAAACUAGCAAUCAGCUAUGUCAUCUUGGUUAGCUGCGCUGGGGCCGUGUGCCAGCCCAAAGAGCAAAGCAAAAGAGCACAAACAUGUUGAAUCUGUGGGUAAACCGCUCAGUCUUUCGUCUAUAAAGAGGAGGGGUUCCCUUACUGAUGUUCGCCCUACACGAAAGGUCACUGGGUCAAGAAGUUUUCGUGAAAAGAUUCAUGACACUUUUGAGGGAAGUCUUCGUAAGGUCAAAAAGGCAGGAAGUCUUGAAGCUGUGCAUCGCAAUGGCAGGGGUGAAACAUAUGAUAAUCCUGACACUAAUAUGAACGUUUCGACUUCGUUUAAACCAAAACAGUACAAGGGAAAUCAUUCAGGGACAUUACCAACAGGUGCAGAAAUCGAAAGUGCUGGUUUACAAAAGGACAAGUUUUGGACCAACUUUUAUAAUACUCUUCCUAGGAAUAGACACAAGGAGAGACCAAAGGACCUUUCUUUACAAGACUUACCAGUGACUGAGAAAGAUUCGGAAACAGACCUUACCCAAAACAGAGAAAUAGAAAUGAAGCCUAACUCUGAUGGUCAAUGGCAGGGGUAUGCUACUAGUCCUAGGACAAGAAGAAAGAAUAAGGGCCUGGAAAGGAUGAACUCAGCCCCUAGUUCAAGAAAUUCCCCAAUGAAGGGUGGCUAUGACAAUGAAAACAGAGCAGCAUCAGAUGGGCAAGCGAGUCCUCAAAUAAUUGAGCUUGCAGAUGAACAAGUUUUCGAAAACUCCAAUGGUGGAUUUAUAAUAAUGCCAAGAUCUGUUUCUCUGCAAGAAGAGUACUGGAUGCCAGGUGGAAAAGGGGGCUCUAAGGUUGAGCUAAGGAAAGUCACCCCAAGCCCAGACCGGCUUGGAGCCCGUCGGUCUCCUGUUGGAAGCCCGGUACAGGUGCCCGGUCAUGUUUGGGUGAGGACCAAAGAAGGGAACAUGGAGCUAAGGCCCAUUGAGAGGCACCCUAGAGACCUACCAUCCCCUUCUGAUUCACAGAAAACUGACUCCUCUUCUGCGAUAUACAACAUGACUGCCAAUACCUUGUCUAGUAUUGCUAUGGUGCCCAAGUUUCCAGUCGAGGACAAGCUGCCUGCUGGUUUAUCCACAAGCAUGACCCAAACACAAAAUGACCAGAGCUCCUCCCAACCAGGGUCUCUUCAUGGUUCAUACAUGUCUCCAGAGGAAUACCAGGCCAACAUAUUUGAACUAAUUAACUCUCUCAACCAAUCAACAUCCAACCCAGCAUCUCCAGAGGUCAAAAGGUCACAGGAUUGUAAGGGGUCAAGGUCACCAUUGGAUAAACGUAUCCCUGUGGAAGAUGGACACCAAAAAUCAUUUCAUACUGAAAGGUUCAUAGUUCUUGGACAUAGUGAGGGACAAAAUGACUAUGAAAAAAGGGAGCAGCCGAUUUUCUCGGUGCGGGCACAUGUGUUCCAAAUCGACCCGGAGACAAAGAAAAACUGGCUCCCCUCCAGUAAGACCGCUGUCGCUGUGUCAUACUACUAUGAUAGUGCUAGAAAUACAUACCGUAUCAUCAGCGUGGAGGGAUCGAAGGCUAUCAUCAACAGCACUAUCACCCCAAACAUGGCGUUCACAAAGACGUCACAGAAGUUUGGUCAGUGGUCCGACCCCAGGGCUAACACUGUCUAUGGACUGGGCUUUGGUACAGAAGCAGACCUGAGCAAGUUUAUUGAAAAGUUCAAGGAAGUGAAGGAAAUGACACGGCAGCAAUUGAGUCACAGUACGUCACCACCGACUGUCAACGGCACCGACGACACGCCAUCAUCAUCAGCAACAACAACACCCCGGGAAACCCCAACCAAUAGGGGCUUCUUCCACACACGCAGUUCUAGUCUAACAUCUAUGAGGGAUAACAACCAACAGCCACCGCAGCCAUCUGAUCAGAAGGAGAACAUCAACCUUCGUGAGCGUCGUAACUCCUUCAACACGCCGGGAAGUAACGGCACAGCGUCACCGGAGAGUCAAGUCAAAUAUGAAAAUGAUAGGCUUAAGCUUGCACUGGCACAGAGUUCUUCAAAUGCAAAGAAGUGGGAGGUUGAGCUGCAGACAUUGAAGAACAACAACGCUAGGCUGACGGCGGCACUUCAGGAGUCUACGGCCAACGUGGAGGAGUGGAAGAAGCAGCUGGCGGGAUACAAGGACGAGACGGGCAGGCUGAAGAAACGGGUUUCGGAACUUGAAGGAAAGUCUGGUGACUCAGAAAGAGUAUCAGAUCUCGAGUCAGAGGUCACAGAACUGAAUGACACAGUACAGGCACUACAGCGGGAUAAUAGCUACAAGGAUCAGGAGGUGGACAGAUUACAACAGCGUCUCGCCGAAAUGCAGACGAGAGAAACAGCCAAUGGAAACUUGCAAAACAAACUUAAGGUUGGAUCUAUAUUUCGGUCAUCUUCCAAAUCGAAACUCAUCAAAGCACUAGAAGAAGAAAACCGUUCCUUGCACCAGAAAGUUCACGACCUUCAGCAGUUGUUACAAGACUAUAAAACGUCGCAGGAGAGCGAAAAAGAUGAACUUGUUCAAAUGCAGGAUCACUUGGGCAGCAAAAUCACAGAACUGUAUGAGUUUCAUGAACAAAUAGUGGCAACAUUAAGGAAGGAAUCAGAGAGCUAGGGGUGGAAGAUGGAAUAAGUUAUGUGCCAAUAUGGGAUUAUAGGAUUAACGGAGCAUUUCGAGCCAGUAUGUUGUUCUGUGGUUGCUGUUAGGAGCAAACUGGGCCCUUAUUCUAAUGAUAAGGAAAACUGCCCUGAUUCUAAAGGAGAAGAUACGAUUAAUUCUUGGGUUUGGGUUCAAAAGCGAUUGUAACGGAACUCUUGGCAUUUCUGAUGAUCAGGAAACAAGGUUUUAUUUUAAUGAAAAUGUAAAGGAAGUACGUAGAAUGUAUAGGGCUGAUUAUUUCUAGAUUGAAUUGAUGCAUAUUGUUAGAGGGGCUUUAUUUCUGUGAAUAUUAGUACAAGUUAAGGCUUUUGGUGUAUCAAUGUUAGGCUCGUGUAACAGAUGUGCGUUGGAGGGAUCGUGAAAAAUAAUGGCAUUGUUUUUCAUUAUGUAUGCCAAACAUGUGGUGAUAUUUCGCCAUCCUGUUGGUAGAUAUUUAUUGAAAUGAGCCUCCUAGUUGUUUGAAUAGAAUAUAGACAGCAUUAUGACAAGAUCACACAACGAUAUGAAAUAAUAUACUGUUUUAGCCUAACUUAUGCUAUGCAAAUUGCUCACAGUAUUGUUACCAGAAAAAAAUACAUGUACUGGUACAUCAUUUUGCCAGAAGGUAGACGGUGCUUAAUACAAGCAACAGUAUAAAAGGCAUUUUGCUUUUGUUCUUGCUACUGUUUCUAACUCACAUUUCGUUACUUUUAAUUUUCUAUGAUAUUAAUUUAAUGUCCUGCAUAUCUGCAUAAGCAUUGUUUCACUGUAGAAAUAUUGAUAUACAGACAAUUUGAUGUUUUUUUGUUCUUUUUUUGUACUUUGAGAAAUAUUUUGUUUAUAACUGUUCUUGUUUUAUCUGCAUUUAAGAUUUUAUAUAUUAAGUAUUCUUAUAAAGUUCUAGGUAUUGGUAAAAAUAUUUUUAACGAAUAAGAUUUUUAUUUAUUUUACACAAAAUCUUGGUGGUACGGUUUUAUUUUCUGACACAAGUCAAAACAUUCAUUGUGCCAUUUAUAAGUACAUUUUUAAGUACAUUUUAUGACUAGAAUUGUAUUACUUAUUAUUUGCCUGUUUAGUGAUUCUUCCUUUUUAACUUGUAUGUAUCAUUUCUUAUUACGUGCAUUUGCAUUCAGUACUUCUCAAGUAUUUCAUUUUCUAUAACUGUAAAUAUUAAACAAAAGAUCUGCAAUUUUUAAUAUUUUAUGGCCAUAUUUCAUUGUCAGUAAUUCUUAUGCAUUCUUAUGCAUAACAACAUCUUCUGGUAUAUUUAAUAUAUAUGAUAACAUGGCUGAAAUUUUAACUUAAGCUAUUAUACUGUGUCUCCUGCAGUAAUGUGAAAAAUUACUACUAAUUAUGAAAAUAUCAUUUUAGAACAUGAUUAUUCUUUAUACACACUAAUUAAUGUUAAUCAAGAUUAUAUUUAAGGAAUAGUCAACCGAUGUUUUUUUACCAGAAGAUAUUAAAGUCAUCGAAACCAUAAGUUAAUUGAGCACAAAAUUAAUCUAGAUCUGACUUGUUGAUAUUAACUACCAUGGUCAAUAGAACCAGUAUAAAGCAGGCCCUGACCAUUGUCAGAUACCCCGCUGCACCCCAAAUACCCUCCUCUUCAUCAUAUACUGUGAAUCAUUUCACAGUCUUGUUUCUUUUCUGCAAACUAAAUAGUGCAGAGAUUACGCUUAUAGAAAAAAUACUUUCAAAAUCAAAUAGUUCAUUCUCUAGCACUUCUGACAGUGAACUGCAUUGAAUAUUAUGACAUUGGGUUGAGUUGUACAAACAACAAAAAUUUGUCAAUUCUAUUUCCAACACAAUUAAGUUCAUCAUUUAUCCCAUGGUAUCUGUGUAGAGUUAACAGAAUGUGCCCUGUGGGUUCGACGGUGCCCCUGACAUACUUCCAUGUGAAGAAAUUCUUGCACUCUUACUAAUUAGUGAGAUCAUCAUGAGUUUGGGUGAAGACUGUCUAGAUCAAGCACAUACCACACAUAAUAUGUGACAUUGAUUUGCCAUUUCCGUCCAGUUUAUACAUACAGUUGAAUUAUUAUUAACAUGCAUACCAAUUGAUAUUUCAUGUUGUAGUUUUCUAUACUUGCCGUGUCGGUAUAUUAAUCAGAACUUUUACUCAACACAUUUAUUUUAUUCGAAGUAUUAGACUCAUUUUAGACAGGUAUUAUAGAUGGACUUUCAUUUCUACCUCUCUUAUAUUUCUUCCUUUUAAAAUAUUGCUGUAACUGAGCCUAUGUUGUGAAACGCCUAUUAUUAUCUGGCUAACUAAAUUAUUAUACAUACUGUACUAAGUGAUUUUGCUUGACAGUAACAUGUAUAUUUUAUCUUGAAAGAAGAAAGGUCACUAUGGGUACCUGUAUGUUAAUGUCAAAGCAAACAUAUUACAACGCUGUAUUUCUAAUUUUGAUUUUUUUUUACAAUUUUAGUGUAAUGAUCAUUUAUAGUAACAUUGACAUUGCAAAUAAUAGGCUGUUGUUGCAUGUCUGAAUAAAUACCAUUUACCGUCCAUGUUACCAGAACAUGCCAGUAUGUAUUUUAAACAAGAUAUUUUUCUGUUGACAAUUGGUGAUUGUAUUUAAAACAUCGAUUAUACAAUGCAUAAAAUAACCAGUUUAUAGCAAUGAUUUCAUAGCAUGCUUUCUAACUCGUAUACAUGUAUAAAUCAAUUCAUGAUCACUGUACUUACCUAGCACAUAAUUCUAUGUAGGUCACAUUUUGUCUUGUAGAAGAAACUUAAAAUCUUCCAAAAGCAAAUAAUCCUUGGGCUGUAUUCAAUAUUGUCCUUAUCCUUGUCCUUAGACACGCCUCAGUGAUUCCAAUCAGUCCAUUGGCCAGUUAUUCAACAGAACAGUCCAAUCAAAACACACAGAUACUUAUCUUAAAAUAAGGUGAACUCGAAGGUGGUUAUUAAAUACAGCCCAAGAUCCUUUGUUUUCGAGAUUUAUUCUACAUUUACAUUUAUACUCCCUUGGAGUAACUCUUGACUGCCAAUGGCAAUCCAUUUGGACAAAUAACUGUUCAAACAUGUCCAGUAAUAUGCCAUUUUUCUUCAAGAUAAUUAAUAAUUAUUUAUUUUAUAUGUGUUGUAUAUACAUGUAUGUGAUAACCACUUCACACAGAUACUUCUGUGCUCCGUAUCUAUACUUCAUUUUUAUAUCAAGAAAACAAUCUGUAAGACAUAAACCAUGCUUUUUCUAGAUUGUAUAUAGUGAUCAUUUUCGAUUAGCAAUACAUUUUGUACAUAGUAUUUGUACAUAAAUGUUAACAAUAGUAUUUAUCCAUUAAUUCAUCUUAUACAUAAUAUAUAAACUAUGCAAGAUAUUUAUAACACUGGUGACUAGCUUUGUUAGUCAGCAAAAAUAAAAAAAAUAAAAUGA